UCUCAGACGUUACUCGAGAAUGACUACAAAAGAGUCACGAGUGGAAGGAAUAGUCAUGGUAUGGAUUGAAAUCUUUCCCCCCUUCUCGCACGAGAACACUACGCAAGGCGACGCGGACGAGUCCAACUUCUCGUCAAGUUGCAUUCAACUCCCAUGCCUUCAGAUUCCUAAGACCCACAUCACCAACUUCUGCAGAAAACCGUACAAGUGGAUUCGAUUUAUCACGGGUGCUGUCGCCGGGGCCGCAGGUAUGCUGAAGUGGAAAGACGGAGAGGAGGUCGACUACAAUGCUGAGCUCACUCCGGGAGACACGGAUAUCUACUUUUUCAUUGACUCUGCAGAACGUGCACGGGCUUUUUCCGUCGAUCCUGAUCUUGCCAAUGCCUACGUCACUUCAGGCGCCACCAGCACGCGAAGAGCUGAAUUCGAAGACGAACUUCGAGAGCGGGAUGGGGCCACUUGCGUGGUGACUCGAAUGCCCGCGGAAUUAUGUGAAGCGUCACACCUAAUCAGCCAUAACAAAGGAGACGAGUACAUAGAUGUAUUGACGAGAAAUUGCGGUCGCGAUCCUGACAAUGCCGACCACAUUGACGAUAUCGACGAUUGCCGGAACGGACUAUAUCUUUACAUGUCGUUACACAGACAGCGCGGAAGCAGAGACAUUGGUUUCCUUGUGACACCGAACUUGGCGAUGUCCUCCAAUGACAUGAACCCUGAAUGGGAUGCAGAUCAGCCCCAAUGGGUAUUCCACGACUUCCGUGGCACCCUUGAUCCUUCUCCCGAGUUCUCCAUCCCGGCAUAUGGCAUGACUCAUCCGCAUAAUCAACCCAUCAGGAUCCCGGAAGGUCGAAACGACUGGCCUCCUCGCGUCCUCUUCGACGCGGUGUACGCGUCGGUGAUUAUGAAGUACUUUUCUCACAAGGAAUUUGUGGACUUCGUCAACGCGCAUUGGAAAGACCGCUAUAAUCAGCGCGAGGUGACUGCUACGUGUAGUAACGGAGGCAAGGCGAAACGAGAUGCCAAGAGAAGAGAGAAAAAGGCAACGAAAAUUCGAGAGAAGUGAACGAGCGCCUAAGCCAAACUGUGAAGAGACCGAGCCUGACGAGUUCGAUUACCUCCUGAGAUUCAGGCAGUUAGUACGCAGACAGAAAAUCAGGGUGGAACUGCAGGGACUCGAGGAAGCUCGGCACACAGCGGAAGAAGAGAAACGCCGCGAACUGGAGCAUGUUGUAGGCAGUUGGCGGGAUCGCAUCGAGCCAUGAACGUGAACAUCCGCAUAUCACACGCAGCCUAUUUCACGGCCACAAGACUGUUUACGGUAUCUGUGAUAUCGGCUCAAGCCUCGUAUACAAUACACCAGAUCUCGAUUGCUGUAGACGAUAGUCAGUCUACUGCUCGCUUUUGAUAUUUCCAGCCCUGGCCAACUUAAUUACCUUUCUCGCCC